AUGGACCACAUGGAUAUGGACAUGAACAUGCAUAUGGGCGGAGGAGAUGAUACGACGUCUAAUGUAGUACUCUCGGCGGAUGGAAUCGACUUUUCGAACAGCACUCAAGCCGCUGAAUUUCUGGACGAUCUGCUCAAUGAUGAUGAGCUCAAAAUCAUUGGCAAUAACUACGCAAAGUACUUUUGGUAUGGAGUGGUGGUAAUCGUCGGACUCGCCACUCUUGCAAACUUUCUAAACUGGCUCACCUUACAAGGUCGCUUACGGGCAGCCGCUCGUAAAAGACAACAGCCCGCCAGACCCAGCAUUAUUUUCUCGCGAUGGUUAGCAACGGCGACUGCGAUCGCGCGGGAGGUCAGCUAUCCUCAAAUCACGCCAACUGCUCGAUGCUUGUGGUUCAAAGUCCCACCAUUGGGAACCAUCCUUUUGCUCAUGUCGUACCUCGCCUUCGUCCUGGCGCUGGAGUUCAUCGACAACGAUGUGGCAGGCGUUCAAUAUUGGCAGGCCUUGGGUGUGCGAGCAGGGUGGCUGUCGGUAGCACAGAUGCCUCUUUUGAUACUCCUCAUCAACAAGAACAAUGUGAUUGGAGCGCUCACUGGAACAUCCUACGAGCGACUGAACGUGCUGCAUCGUUGGUCGUCGCGAAUCAUGCUUCUCAUGGCUAUCCUGCACUUUAGCUAUCAAAGCUAUGGCUGGCAGCAAUAUCCAGGCCUAAUGCAACUCGAAUGGGCUACAGACGACUGCCCAACAACCGGCAUCGCAGCAUUUGCCCUCCUGCUGUGGAUGAAUCUCAGCACUCUAGCUCCAGUCCGCUACUGGUCAUAUGAGUUCUUCAUCGUCCAGCAUAUCAUCACGUUUUUCGGCUUUGUCAUUGCUGUGGUCUACCAUCUACCAAGCACCGCACUGGGCAGCAGAGUCUAUGUAUUCAUACCGGUAGGACUCUAUCUCGUGGAUCGAAUUGUCCGCAGUCUGCUUUACGCAUGGACAAACAUGCGUGCAAGCCGUGCCACAAUGGUCCAACUCGGUGGCGGUGUCACCAAGAUAACAAUCACCAACAAAUCAAUCACAACCUGGCGUGCUGGAUCUCACGUUUUGCUUUCCAUCCCUCGCUUUGGGGUGAUGCAAUCCCACCCUGCAACGAUUCUCUCGACGCCACAAUCGCACGGCGGUGCCCUGGUCUUCCUCCUCAAGAGCCACAAGGGAUUCACUCUUCGCAUCAUGGAAGGCGCAAAUAGUUCCGAAACUGCACUUCUACCACAUAAAAACGCCGAGAGUGAAUCCGAGCAGCGUGCGCAAGUCGUGAAUACGCAGCAUCUGGCACUUCUGGAUGGGCCUUGGGGUGGAUCUCAAUCGGACAUGGCAGCCUUUGAUUCCGUCUUGUUGCUAGCAGGCUCCACAGGCGUGACAUUCACUCUGUCCCUCCUACAAGACCUUGCAGAUCGCGCCAGUUCUUGUGGGAAGCGACUACCCGUGCAGAUGGUCCACUUUAUUUGGUGUGUACGAAGUAGUGAGCAGACUAUGUGGGUCAGCGGCGAAAUAGAGGAGGCACACAGAAAGCUACAAGAUGCUGGAAUCGACGCUCGAAUCAGCAUAUACGUCACAUGCGCUGAGCAAUUCACCGAACUCGGAAACGAACCAAAGGAAUGCGGAUGUGCUUGUGAUAAAUCUCAAGGCCCAUGUUGUUGCGUGUUGGUCGAUGAGGAUGAUGAGGGUGUUGAUGUUGAUGCUAUCAAGACAUCAGGCAGAGGCAAGAAUGCGACACUGGUCAAUGAGAAGUCUGCAUCGCCGUCGCCUACGCGGCAGCUUCUGACACAGGGUCGGCGAAUGCCCAUGCUGCCAUGUGCGACCUUUUAUUCCGGCAGACUAGAUAUCCGAGAGACUGUCAGUAGUCUUCUCGACGACGCUGAAGGGGAAAGUGGCAUUGCAGUGUGUGGGCCUAUUGGGUUGAGCUCCGAGGUCAGAAACACUGUCGUUCGUCUGUCUGACGAAAGAGCUAUUCAUAAAGGGACUUCCGCUCAGGGAUGUGCUCUUCACGUUGAGACAUUCUCAUGA